UACCCUCCCACGAAACCCCAACACGAAGCAGCUACUUGCCACUCGCUCAAAGGUUUUCGAAAGAUGAAGUUGAUUCUAUCCGCGCUGCUGGUAGCCCUUGUGGCCGGCAUUGUCUGUGCCGACGACUCCAAAGGGCCCAAAGUGACCGACAAGGUUUUCUUUGACAUCACCAUUGGCGGUGAGCCCGCUGGACGCAUCGUGAUUGGACUGUUUGGCAAGACUGUUGAGAAGACCGUGAGGAACUUCAAGGAGCUGGCGGAGAAGCCCCAGGGCGAAGGCUACAAGGGUAGCAAGUUCCACCGCAUCAUCAAGGACUUCAUGAUCCAGGGUGGAGACUUCACCAAGGGCGAUGGCACCGGCGGACGUUCCAUCUAUGGCGAGCGCUUCGAGGACGAGAACUUCAAGCUGAAGCACUAUGGCGCCGGCUGGCUGAGCAUGGCCAACGCUGGCAAGGACACCAACGGCUCCCAGUUCUUCAUCACCACCAAGCAGACCAGCUGGUUGGAUGGCCGCCACGUCGUCUUCGGCAAGGUCCUGUCCGGCAUGAAUGUGGUGCGCCAAAUCGAGAAUGGCGCCACCGAUGCCCGCGACCGUCCCGUCAAGGAUGUUGUCAUCGCCAACAGUGGCAGCCUGGAUGUUCCGGAGCCCUUCUCCGUAGCCAAGACUGAUGCCACCGAUUAAGCGAGGCGUCCAUGUCACAAUUCAUCAUUAAACCUAACCGAUUUGAAUUAAGCAUAAAAAGCAUAAAUGUGCAAGUAAUCGAUUUUUCCAGCCAGCUGCAUUUGCAUUUACCGUAGUCCACCAUGAUCAUAGACAUUCAUUUUGUUCCGUAAGCAGGCUGCCCUGCUCAACUAAACUAAACAGUUCUGCGUAAACAAAUGUCAUAUAAAUAAAGCAUAUUUUUUGUGAUAAACGA